UGAUUUCGAGGCAGUUAACUUUAAAGCACAUUUAUAAUCGCAGCCUUGUUUUCUGGAUUACGUUUCAGUCAUUUAUAUACAGUUCAAAGAACCAGAGUUAAGAUGAAUAGCCAAGGUCAGGGUGACAUGCUUCGUUGCUGGAAGUGUCGAAAAUACGUAGCUAAUUCUGAUUGCCUCAUAAACGACCAAACUACAGAUUUGGUCUUUGAAGAACCUCACUCUUCUACUGCCUCUCAGGAUAUCUGUAAUGUAUGGCACAUGAACAUAGAAGCACUUCCAGAUUGGGUGACUCGUAUAAUAGAAAAUGCACAGUGGACAACUGGAAAACUGAACUGCCCAUUCUGUGGGGCCCGUCUGGGGGGUUUUAAUUUCGUCAAUAAUACAAAAUGCUCCUGUGGCCAAUUUACAAACAUCCAUCUUUGCAAGAGGCGAACUGACUACCAAACAGUUAGUUCAGUUACAUCAGCAAUAUCGCCACUGAAGCACUUGUCCCUUUGUAAAGUUCAUUCUGACUUUAACAACGAAAUAUGGCAGAGUGUGACAGGUGGAUCUUUGGAAGACAGAAAUCAAAGACUUCCAUAUGUAGCCAAAAAUAACAGUGGCAUUGGACGAUUAAUGGAGGCACUUUGCCUAGAGGUAAGAUCAACCAACUUUGAGAUGAACAGUAAAAAAAUACACUUCAAAGUGUCUAAUCCAAAAACAAGUAUUUCAGCUUCACUGGCUGUGAAUGACAAAUACACUGUAAAAGCUUUUCAUAGAAAAUCACAGAGUUUAGACAUGAACUUCAGAGAGAAGCUUGUUUUGCUGCCUACUUUAUAUGGAACUUCCACAGCUAAGAGACCUGUUUUCUCCAGGCAACAUGAAGCACAGCCUUUUUACACAAAGGGUUGCUUACAAUUAAAGUCCAGCAGAACACAUAAUUUUUUUCAUUUCCCACUUAAAUCAGAUGCUUGUGAGCUUCCAAACAAUUUUUCAGUUACUUCUUAUGGUGCAUUUGCACAAGAAGAGACAGAGUUUAAUCAUGGUUUAAAAGUUUCCAAACAGUAUCUUGAGAGCACUGCUGCUGACCAGCAGCUGUUCCUGUCUUCAUCAGAGAGUACUACAGAAGAAGAUACUGUGCAGAAGCACAUCACACCUCUUGGUCUUCUUCAGCCUUUCACAACUAUUGAUCAAAGGUUGAGCAAGAGAAAAAGGAACCAAUUGAACAGUUUGAGGAGAAAGAAAAGGUGGCCAGAGAGGUGGCCUCAGAAGCAGAUUCUCUUACCAGCAAGACUUUGGUCACGGAGCAAGGUUUCUACAAAAGCGCAGGAGCUAUCAAACUAUAAAUCACAGGCUAUGAAUACAGAAGAGGAGCACGAACACUGGCAAGAUAAGGAAAGCUACCUCUGUGCAGUGUGCCUGGAUGUUUAUUUUAAUCCUUACAUGUGCUAUCCCUGCCACCACAUCUUCUGUGAACCUUGCCUACGCACACUUGCCAAAGAUAAUCCAACCAGCACUCUGUGUCCUCUGUGCCGCACAGCAAUUGCCCAAGUUUUUUUCCAACCAGAACUGAACAAUUCAACAAAGGCUCACUUUCCUAUUGAAUAUUCAAAAUUAAAGGAAAACUUUCAAGAAUCCGGUUUAGCAAAAUGGCCCCUCCCUAGUUGCAGGAAGGCAUUCAGAGUUAUUGAAGGUUUUCAAAACACAGAUUCCUUUACGCGAAGGCAUUUCCCACAUGCUGCUCACAGGAUGGACUAUAUGGACUUUGAGGAUGAUAGCAGAGGAUUGCGAUUUGACAUGGAUAUGGUGAUAAUCUACAUUUAUUCCAUCAAUUGGGUUAUAGGAUUCAUUGUGUUCUGCUUUCUCUGCUAUUUUUUCUUUCCCUUUUAAGGACUUCUAUUUCCCAUUGUUUCAUUCAGCCAUCAGGCAUGGGAACAGACAUACCCUGAUGUAAAGAGCAUGUAGAAGACUUGGAUUUACUGUUUUAAAAAUUGAAAUGGUUAAAAUAUCAA